AUGUCUUCCGAGAACAAGCAAACACAAAAGGCUAGUAACGGGGUCAGCAACAGCCUCAGCGCCGGAAACCUGAGACACAUUCCGGAUGGCUCCAGCGGAAGUCUCGUGGAGCGUUUCACGCAGUCACCGGCAGCGGAUGGACCAUACUUUGCUGGGGCUCGGAUCCAUGAUCGUUCCGAGCACGCUUCACGCCUGUCAAGCCAGCUUGAAGCGACGGAAAAGGUUCUAAAGAAAUAA